GUGAAACCCCCAUGCUGGAAUGAAAACAAACAAAUUUUGAACAUUCGUCCUUGUGAAUUAAUGGGUUUAUCUGAUUUUACUUUGAAAACUGUUAGUAUGUUCAUUAUAAUAUCAAUAGAGAAGGAUAAUUUGAUGAUGCAAUAAUGGAUUUUCGACAGCCUGCCAAGCUUGUUUCUGUGUCAAUGCAUGCAAAAAUUACUUUUAUUUCAGUUACUGUUGGUAUAACCUUAUUAGGAUUUGUUGCUAGAUUACUUCGUCGUCGAAGGAGAAACAGGCCAAAAUCCAAUGGUGAUUCCUAUUCAUCUACAAGUAAAUCCAAGAGCCAAAAUAACCCUGGUGUUUCAGCCAAUGGAGAUAUCAUAUCAGGAAGAGCUGGAACUGGUAGUCUUAAUAUUUAUCGACAUCAUCGCCAAGGUUCCAUAAGCAGUGACCGACAGUCAAUUCAUUCUCUUCUCACUGCCAACUUAGCUAUGGAUUCUGGAGCUUCUGCCCUGUUAUCCCCUCAACAGCUGGGAACUAUGGGUAUGGAAGCAUUGGAAACAGCUAUAGCAUAUUGGGAAGAUGCUUUAGCUGCUUACAGACCUCCACCUGGAGAUAUUUUAGCUCUUACUGAUGCUGAAGAAGGAAAGUUUACUCAUAUGUUAGAAAAAAUAUUAGAGAAAGCUUAUAAAUUGCAAGAAUCCUGUAGUCAUUUGUUCCUAGAUUCAAAUUCUGUCCUUUUUAAAUCUGAAUCUCAGUCUGUUAUAUCAUCUCGGCAUGAAAGAGUUACAGAAUCUGAAAGAAAAACAAUGACAAGUAUGUCAUCUGUAGAGAGUUUUGUUUCAGCUCAAGCAGAAAUUGCUGAUUUGGAUGAAUUUGAUGAAUUUGCUGAAUUAAAUAUUGAUUUGAAAGAACUAGCUUUAUAUCAAACUGCUUUAAAAAAAUAUGAAGAAGGAGCCAUUCCUAUUAGGUUGCUAAGGACAGAAAUGCUGAAAUGUCAAACAAAUAUGGAAUACAUAGCAAAAGUUCAUUGUAUACGAGUUGCAUUUCAGUUGCUGUUUCAACAGAAUGAAGUUCGUUCAUGGUUUGUAGCUGUUGGAAAUAAAAUACUAACUGGUUUAAUGCUUCGGGGUGAAAAAGAUCCAAAGGAUUGUUUAUUAGCAUAUGAAGACAUAAUAGCAUAUUCCAAAGACAAAAAUAAUUGGCCAGUGAUGGAAGAUGAAUUGCUAAGUCGUGGUGUGAAAUGUCUGUCUUUCUAUGAUGUUGUGUUAGAUUUUAUUGUUCUUGAUGCUUUUGAAGAUUUAGAAAGCCCACCUUCAUCUGUAACUGCAGUUGUUCAAAACAGAUGGCUGUCCAAUGGUUUUAAGGAAACGGCUUUAGCUACAGCUGUAUGGUCUGUUUUAAAAGCUAAGAAGCGAAUGCUUAAAUAUUCCGAUGGUUUCAUCAGUCGCUUUUAUUAUGUAUCUGAGCAUCUUAUUCCUGUUUUGGCUUGGGGUUUUUAUGGUCCUGAUGAGAAUUUAAAGGAAAUUUGUCUAUACUUCAAGGAAGAAGUAAUGGGUUUUAUGUAUGACGUUUUCAAUUUUAACAAAGUUCGCUAUACAAAGGUUGAAGAGCUUGCGUCUGAUAUUAUGCAGCUAGCCAAUUUAAGAUUUGACAGAACAAUAGAGAGGCUCUAUAUGUAAAUGAAUGAAAGAUUUUAUUGUUAAGAUUGAUGUGAUAAUGUUUAUUUUAUUAUUUUUUUCUAUUUGUAAAUGAAAAAACAAAUGGAACAUAACUGCUUUUCAUCACUUUUAUUGAUUCAUAUUCAGUUUAUUAUGAAUUGAAGGAAAUUGAGCUAAGCAUUGAAAGUGAGUUUAUUAAUGGUUUCCUAUAGUGAAUAAUUGUAUGAUGUAUGUAAUAAUUUUUGUAAAUUUUAAAACUGUGUGUUGUAAAGUUAAUUAAAUUUAGAUUCAGUUUGAUAUAGAAGUAGUGUGAUAGUUUAGAUCUGAAAACAGUUUUUAAAAAGUUUACUGUUAUGUUACAUACAGCAAUACAAUAGUAAUAAUAAAUAAUAAAAUUUUUUCACUUGAGUUUUGGCAUGAGAAGUGUCUAUUAUGUAAUCUUUAGCUUUUGAAUCAUGUUUAUUAUGUUAUGUUAAUGCUACCAGAACAUUUUAUCAUCCAUUUGGCUUAGUGAAUGUUGUCAUUCUAUGAGGAAUAAAACUUUUAAUUUACUGUAAACAUGACAAAUUACCAUUUCUAGAAAUUAUAGCCAUGCAUUAAAAUUUGACAGCACUUAAUCAAAUGACUGAUUUAAAAGCAAUAUGCAUUUCUUAAUACUUUAUAUCUUCAUUUAUUUUUUUAAAUGUCUUUGUUUGAUAUAAUUUAUGUUUCCAUUCCAAGUGAUUUAUAGUAUAUUAAAUGAUCAUUUUUGUAAGUAUAUACACCAUUAUGCAUAGCUAUUAUAAAUAGUAAAAAAUGUUCCUAAUGCCUUUUAUUGCAUACCUUAGUACAGAAUGAUUGUUUGCAUGUCAUAUCACAAUGAGUUUCUAUAUUGUUGUGAAAGAAGACAUUGCUGACAUCUUAAAUAAUAUAAACACUAAGCUUUCCUUUUUUUAAAAAAAGGUUUUUCAUGUGGAAUAGUUAAAUAUUCCAUAAAGUAUUUUGUUUCAUAUAUUGCUGGUUUAAGCUCUUUUUUUUUAAUUCAGAAUAUUUUUGUUAUUAAAAUUAACUGAUUUGUAUUCUUUGUAUGUUACAUUAGAAAUUAUUUGUCAAACUCUCAUUUCUACUGGGAAAUGCUGAAAUUUAAGUCAGUGAAAAAUUUCAAAUAAUUUAUCUGUUAUGUAGUUAUGAAUCUUUCUUAACUAAUAAUUAUGAAGUUAAAUUAUUUCCAUGUUCCCAUUAAUCCUUAAAAUUUCUGAACAAAGUGCUAAAAGCAAAAUAAAAUUUCUAGAUUGACAUGCUAAAAGUAUGUUCAAACAUAGGUAAAAUAAUCAACCUAUAAGAUUUUAUUUGAUUUUUAACUUAUUUUAACUGUGUUGCCUUUUAAUUCUUCAAUAACAGAUGCUAAUUCUUCUUAUUGAACGUCAUUGUUUUCUUCUUGCUGAUAGCAUGAAGUAGUUCUGUAAAUCAGCAGCCGUUAAGCACUUUUGGCUGUACACCCUCGUAGAAAACAAGCAGGCAUGUGGGGUGCAGUACACUGAACAAUUUACUUGGAUAAGUUCAAUUCCUCCAGAGAUUUUAAUUGUGUGCUUGUAUUUUAAGUAAUAUUUCAUUUCAUACUUGUGUGUCAAAUAUCCAUGAAAGAAAUAGAAAUGUAUAUAUAUAUAUAUAUAUUGUUAUGCUUAAAUUUUAAAAUAAAUACAGGAUUCUGAAGAAAAAAAUUUUAUGAACUUUGGCAAUUUAUCUACAGUAUCUGUGUAUACUUCUUAAUUUUGUCAAGUGUCAUUAGACUUUCUUUUAAAUGUUUCAUAUUUCAUAUCAAUUAUUUGAAGAAUAAGAGAACUGGUUUGAAUACUUUUUAUUGCUUUUAACAUUCUGUGUUGGAUACUGUGAUGUAGCCAUCUGCAGUUUUGAUUCAUAGUUCAACUUUUCUAAACAUAAUUCUCUGAAAUUUUCAAAUUAUGCUGUGGCUUCCAAAUUUAAAACAAACAACUAGUGUGACCAUGUGUGGUAACUAGUGUACCAUGUGUGUAUGUUACUGUAGAUAAAUAGAAAAAAAGUAUUUUUCCACACAUGUUUACCAUCCAGCUAUCUUAAAUUUCCAUCCAGCUAACUUAAAUUCGAUUAAUUUUUUUUUUUUUGGAACUGGAUAAAUAUAGAUAAAGGAUGGCAUGUUAACAUUAUGACUGGGGAUAGUUCUAAGUCUCGGAGAUUUAUCAUAAUCUUCCUUAUACAAAGGUGACUUAAGCGGUCUAAAAUUAUAUGUUAAUUAAUUCUGAAAAACUUAAAUCUUGAAAAUUAUAAGUUAUAACAAUAAGCGGACAUAAUUUUUUGAAGGGAAAAAGCUGAGAAAAUUAGUUUAAUAUUUUACACUAAUUGUAAUAAAAAUUAUAUGGGGCUAUUGUAUGAAGCAGAAGAGAGAUUAUCCUGUAAUAUUUCGGUCUGCUCGCUAUACAAUGCUUGAAAAAAAAAACUAUAAAGUGCAAUUCUCAGAAACUUCAAGAGAUGUCUUGCAAGAAGGAAGGUGGUCAUGUAGUAGUGUAAAUAUAUGUAUGUAAUAAUUUAUGAUGUGACACAAGAUGCAAAUACUUAAGUCAUAGCUGAUGGUUGUAGUGGUGGUUUUUUUAGAUGCAUAACUGUGUAGUUACUUCUGAUAUAUCCUUCAUGGCAAUUUGACAUAAUUUAUUUCUGGACAAAAUAACACUUUAGAAGCAUAUUCCAAUUCACAAAUUAUGAAGGCAGUCUGCACCCAUUCUUCAUCACAUUCUAUAAGUUUUCUACAUUUUGUAACAAAUCCAGUGGAUGAAGAGAGACGUGAGCUGCGAUGUGUUACAUGGGUUCAAGCAAACAGGAGGAAAAUGUCUGAUGUAUUCAAAAGAAAGUUUAAGAGAGAAAUUAGAAGGUUAUUGUUUGCAUCGAAUCAUUGUGAUUAGCUGUCACAAUGUAUCUGCAUUAGCAGGAUUAUAUAAAAUAUUAUGAUGUGGAUUAAUUUAGAAAUGAUUCAGUUCAAAGAGAUAUGUUAAGAGCAGUUAUUGUAUAGAGUUUGAUUUCCUUUAGUAGCAUAAACUGGAAUCAAAUUCCUAGCAGACUUGGAAUAACUUAUCGCUUCAUUUGAAAAAAAAAAAAAAUCUACAGAAUCUUGAAAUCGUUUAAAACAGCCUUUUUAUAAAACCGGAAUUUAAAUGCACGACUUGUGCUUAACAAAACAGCCACCACUUAUAUCAAUGAAUUUUAAAGUAACAAACAAAUUCAAAUUUAAAACUAGGUCGAUUAGUCAAGGACUACACAUUUGAUUUAACCCAAAGUGGGCUCAGAACUUUUCAACUUUUGUAGCAUUUAAAUGUCAGCAGCAAUAAUGCAAAGCAGAGAAAUUAUACUCUUAUUAGAACUAUCAAAACCUAGUGGUAAUGUCUCCUUGAGAGGCAAAAACAUGCUGUGUUUUACAAUCCAAAACCCUCAACUUAAAUGCUCUGUAACCAAAUUUGCAUUCUGGUGAGAAAACAGAAAGGAGAAAUGAUAGUAAAAGUCUGAAUCAUUAUAAUUAGUUAUGAUUUUUAAAUAAAAUAAUAAUUAACCUUAUAGCAAUUUUGAAGACCAAAGGGGAAUUAAAAUUAUAAGCUCGAUUCAUGUGCUUUUUUCUUUUUUUCCAAAUCUUACAUAUAUGUAUGAAAAAAAAUUUUUUUAAUUUAAUUUUAUUUUUAUUAUUAUUUUUCUGCAUAUGAAAAUUAUGUGGUAUAAAAUCUUUAAUCCUAACUACCACUAGUGUUCAAGAACAUUAUUCAGCGGAUGUUGAGCACUUAUUAAUAAUUCAUGAAUAAUCUUUGUAAUAUAUUUGAACAUAAAAUGGAAGCACAAAUUCUAGAAAAGGCUUAUUUAUAUUUUAAAAUUUGUACUGUAAAAUCUUUUGUGUAAUUUAGAAAUUAUCUGCUUAUUAUGCAUUUUCUGGAGUUGCAAACUGCCUUUGCUCUAUACUUAUUAGACAGCUUUUAGAUAAAUCAGAUUGAGCAGUAUGCUUAAACACUUUUUUAAUUAUUUCUAUCAUUUAUAAAUAUUUUUUUAAUAAUUUUGGUGUUUUUUAUUUUUUUUAAUCGUUGGUAGAAGCGCUUGUAAUAUAUCUAUGGUCUUUCCAUAUUCUGAAUUCUUGCUGUGCUUCAAAGAAAUAAAUUUCUUUUUAUAUUUCAGUGCAUAAAAUUUAGGCAGCGAAUUCUGUGCUUCCAGUAUGUCAUACAAGUUCAUAUGCAUAAAAGUGCCAAAAAUGCUUCAUACCACUAUCUACAGACAGCAAAUGACACUUUUUCUAGUGCCAUUUUCUUUGAUCAGUUCUUAUAAUGAUGUUCAAUGAAAAAAUUAUAACUUUGUCAUUUAGUCAAGAAUUUGGUCUAUUUGAAACUAUAAUAUCAGUGUCAUGAUGAGAAGAAAGUGUGGAGGAUUUUUGUUGCCCAUUAUCUUUUUCAGCUCAUAAAAAUGCCCUUUCUAACGUAAUCUCUUGAAUAAGUAGUAUGAUAUUGCUGAAUUCAAAGUAAUAAUGAUGGCAGUAAGAGUGCUGUUGAUUCUCGGUUAUACUAUACCUGUUUUUAUUUCUAAUUAUUUUGGUGCAUGGAGAUAGUUAUUUGACUCAUAUUUUGCAAAACAGCUUUACAAAUGCAAGAAAGUUUAUAAAUAUUAAUUAUAAAUGCUAAAAUAUUUAUUUGCCUGAUCAUUCUUUAGAUAUGUUGCUCACUUUUAAGUAUAUUCUCUGCCUAAAUAAUCAUUUCACAAUUUAUCUGCUGAAAUAAGCAUUAAAUAUCAUCAUUGUUAAUAUUAGCUGCAAAUGAUGCAUAUUUAAGCAUAUCUUCAAUAUUCAAUUGCAUUCUACAAUUUCUCUGCUGUAAUUUUUCUCUGCUUUGUUUUCUGUACUGUUUUUGCAUCUACUGAUGUAAGCAGAUAAUUUCUGCUACAGUUUUUAAUGUGUGUAUCAGUGGCCUCAAACUCAAACUGCAUGUGGCCUGAAUACAUCAUCUAAAAAUAGCUGACAGGCCAGAUUUUUUUUCAGUUAUUUUUUUUAAACAAAAACUUUUUUCCGGUGAAAUAAAAUUGUUUUAAGUAAUAUUAAAUUUUGUUUACUGAAUAUUUAUCAAAAUAUACAUAAACAAUAAUA